AUCAACACAAUGAACGUGGAUUUAAAGCAGACGUUUGCGCGCAUCAAGCCAGUGUGCGAUGUUGUGAUGAUGUGCCCCAGCGCGGACUCCAUCGCGCAGUUCACCGGCCGCGUCGGCGAGCUGAAGAGGGAGGCCGUGCAGGAGCUGCAGCAGUAUCUCUUGUUCCCAUUCAUAACCCAUAUAAAGUCUACUGAAAUUGAGAAAAAAUAUGAGCUCCAGUGGAGGAUAAUAGAUGCCAUCCAAGUGGUGCUGGAAAAAGUAACCGUGAUCAGCUUCGAGAUGUGCAUUAAGAUAGAAACAGGGCUGCUCAGCCUGGUGUUCGACAACUCCAAGCCUGGCAUGAUUGCGGAUGUACCAGAAGAGCUAAAGCACUCUGUUAUGAAGUGCCUCACGGUGCUAAUGCUGCACAUCGACGACCGCGUCCGCAAGAAGAUGCUUCGCACGCAGGUGCCACUUAUCGCGCAGGCUGUCUUCGUGUCCGUCCAUCUUGCCAAGCUGGAGAGGCUCAGGGCACUGAGACUGGCAGCCAUCGACUCGGUAACAGCGCACACCGCCUGCCACCGCCAGCUGACGGACGCGUACCACAUAAAGGACAUACCGCUGGAGGCGCUGGUGGUGGACAUGCUGGCCAGCAUCCUGCCCGGGGUGCUGGCCGCGCUGCAGGACGUGGCUACCUGCUCCGACAACCCCGGACACGCGGUGCAAGUGGCAGCAAUUGACGCGAUACACCGCAUACUGUGUCUCACGAUGAAUGACAAGUACUUGCUCAAGCACUCGACCAUAACGGCCGAGGACUUCGCUAAGAUGGUCAUAGACAAGCGAAAACCUAACAAAGAAGUAAGCAGUAAGGAAAAGAAUCCCAAGGAGAUAUCCAAACGUUCCGCGGAGUGGUUCGCGAUGGCGGGCGAGAAGCUGGUGCUGAUCAGCAAGAGUCUGUCGGAGCUGGUCACGGACGAUCACCCUAAAGUGCGUCGCGAGCUCGGCGUGUACUGCGCCAGGCUGCUUACAGAGUGCCACCAAACAAUGCAGCCAUCCGUUUCCAUCGCACUGGACCUGUUACUGGCGCUCUCCGGCGACUCGCACCCCGAGGUGUCCGAGUACUGCUCGAGCGCGGUGCGCGCGCACUGCGGCCGCCACGUGGCCGACAGCCUGCGGGACAACUUCACGAGCACCGUCGCCGGCCUGCCGCGGGUGCUGAACAACGUCGAUUCCGCCCGCAAACUAACAGCGCUCAACAUGUUACACGGCUACAUCGAGGUGAUGAUGGACUCAGCACAACCACAGACGCUGACCGCGGCUCUCAGUACCGAGCACUCGCUUCAGAGCUUCGUGUCCGCGCUGCUGGAAGCGGCCGCGCUGCACACCGACCUCGUGCUGCUCGCGCGGCACACCAGAGACGGGCCCACAACAGCGCCGACAUCAUCGCCGUGGCUGAAGCUGCGGCACCUGGACGGCGCAGCGGUCGCUCGGCUGUGGAGCAUAGCGCGGCUGCUGGGCGGCGCCGAGUGCGCCUCGCUGCUGCUCGACCGUCUCUCGCCGCACUCGGCCGAGAGCGCCGCGCUGGCCAACAUCCUCGCGUCAGCUCCUAACGCCCCAGCGGAGUUGGCGCAGCGCGUGCUCAGUGCGUACACGGACGAAAGUGUGUGGUACCUGCCACUCGAAGUGGGCAGUGAAGAGGCGCCCACUACAGAAGAGACUCUCGACCCCUCCGUGUACGACCCUCACGCGUGGACCAAGGACAGCGUGCCAGGCCUAUACGAAGGCGCGACUGAAACGCGCUACACGGGCAUCAGCUACGCCGCGCCGCGCAGCCCGCGCCGCGCCGCCGGCACCUGCGCCACGCUCGGCGAGGCGCAGCGCAACAUGGCGCUCACCUGCAUCCUCACUGAGGGCGUCGGCCUCAUGGCGAGGAGGCUCGUGGCCGACUUCCAGCCCUAUCUGCUGAAGACGCUCUGCCUGAUACUGGAGAGAGUUGGUAGUACGUACGAGAUGCUGCACCUAGCCGGCGUGAAGGCCAUAAGCGACAUCGCGGCGGCGUGCGGCCACGACUCCGUGCCCGACCUCAUCCGCUGCAACGCCGACUACUUUACGCAUCAGAUCUCUGUCCGGCUAAAAAAGGCUUGGAACACCGAGUCAGCACUUCAAAUCCUGUCCGUGGUUAUGCAGUACAGUGACGCGAGUAUACUGGACUGCCUUUAUGGAAUAGUGGAAGACGUUCUAGUCCAAAGUUUGGAUAAAUAUCACGAAAACAACUUACAAGCGUACCUUCAAGUCUUCCUGACAUUCAUUACCUGUAUCCGAAAAUGGUUUCCUACGGAGGAUGAAACAAAGACGGCAGAAAAAAAUAAAAGUGAAAAGGACCAAGAAAUUGACGUGUUGAAGGACCUGAUGGAAUAUCUGGCGCAUACUGAGGAGAUGGACAAGCUGAUGAAUAACGAGGAGGCGGAGACGACACAAACCGCAGAAGAGAUGUAUAAAGAAGAUCAGAAAAUGAGGGAGGAAGGAAUUCUGGACUAUGAUGAUAAAGUUACUGAGGAAACCCCUCCCCUGCCGCGCCAUAUCGUCGUGACGCGAACUAUUCUGAAGCGGUGCCUCAACUUCCUUACGUCGAAGAAUAAACAGGUGGCCAUCCUAGCGCUGCAGGUCCUAAACGAGGGUUUCCCGAUCCUGGUCCAGUACCCGGACGAGCUGCUGCCCCUGGCGCACGUGUGCUGGGCGCCGCUGGCCGCGCGCUGCGCCGCGGACGACGCCGUGGUGUUGCGCCGCGCUCUGGAACUUCUGGUUACCAUGGCGGCGCUGGCUAAGGACUUCCUCAGACAACGGGCGGCUACGGACGUGUUACCUCACGUAUAUGUGUUUCUGCACAAGUCGGCGCACGAGAGCCACCUGAAAGACGCGGGCGCCGCUUACCGCAGCUCUGCCGCAUUCCGGCUACAGGCGAGCGCGCUCAACGCACUCCGUACCCUGGCGUCAGACCUGGCGCUGGAGGGCGAGCGCCUGGAGGACGCCAUGGCGUGUGUCGACGACUACCUCAGCAGCAAGCAGCCCAGACCUCUGCAGGAGCUUGCUGUGAAAUUCUUCAAAGCAAUGCUGGAGUACGACUACGGCGCGACCUGGUACCACUUGCGCGCGCUCGCCGACAACGAGUGCGUACUGCACCCGCCCGACUCCAAGGCCGUAGACCUGGUGCCCGUCAUCGGCACCCCCUACACCCCCACCAACAAGGAUUUCGAGCGUAAUCUGGCGCUAGUGUUCGCGGGGCAACACCGCCACGGCUAGCACAUGCCGUGUCUGCGGAAAUGCAGACGCGGGAAACGAAAACUUGCACGGUAAACUGAUUGGACUGAUGUAAUGUAAUGGCGUGUUUUUACUUGGUGGAAUCUAGCCGUUAACGUUAAUGAUAACUGUAUAAGUAGGUAUGUAUAGUCAUUGAUCCACUGUGACAUCAUAAAAGUGUAUCGUUGAAAUUCGGCUAUCGGAGCUAAUACGUACGGAUUCGAAUAAUACAUUAUUUUGAUACGUGGUGUUUCAAAAUUGUAAUAUGAUCUUCCGCCUACUAUGUAUGAUUAGUAAAAUUUUCGGAAAAAAGACGACGUUAGUCCUUUAAGGCUAGUAGGCAUAGGUAAGUACAGCCAGCAAAAUAUACGUAUUGGAUGUAUGUUCCAAUGUGAUGAAUUAUGGACAAAAAAUGGUGUAACCAUUUUGUAGAUUAAUUGCCAUUAUAAAUGUUCCCUUAUGUUGUUUAGGAUCUCUGUAGUAGAUAGUUAUUUAGUCUG